CUUAGUCGAAGCAAAACCUCUCUCGAACAAGCAGUCCUCCUUUCCUGGUGUAUACUUUCGAAGCUUUCAACAAUGGCGGGGAAGAAGAGAGACAGAGCACAGCAAAAGCAUGAACAACCUUUUCUUGCAGAUGAACCUUAUUCUUCCGUAUCCAAAAAACGUUCUCGUGCUCCUAAGCAACAUCAACAACAUGAGAAACAAAUCUCAACAGACAUGAGUUCGAAAAUCUUGAAAGAAGCGUUAAUUCAACAGAAGGAAUUAGACGAUGAAGCGAAAAAAGAAGAUCCUUUCUCUUCUAUUUCAGAUGAAGUUGAUGCCGUUUCAGAUGAUAGUGAUGAUGAUGAUGAUGACCUAUUAGAUGGACUAUCUGAGACUCAAAGCCAAUAUAAUGGUGGUUUGGAAGAAGAAGUGGAUGAAGAAGAAAUGGAAAUAUUAGAGCAUUUUAUGUUAAAGAAACCUGGUAAUCCGCUCACGUUGUCCGACCUUAUUAUAAACAAAAUUAAAAAGAGCGAUGAGAAAGUCUCUUCAGAACCGAGGCCGCUUCCUAAAUUGGACAACUCUAUCAUAGACUUAUAUAAAGGAGUUGGAAAACUCUUUAGUAGAUACACUACGGGGAAAAUUCCAAAAGCAUUCAAACACAUUCCUGCAAUGCAACAUUGGGAGGAUGUGCUUUACUUGACUGAACCAGAGAAGUGGUCCCCUAAUGCAGUUUACCAGGCUACAAGAAUAUUUGCCUCCAAUUUGACCCCGAAAAAGGCACAGAGAUUCUACACCUUUGUAUUGCUCCCUCGAAUUAGAGAAGACAUCAGAAAGAAUAAGAGACUCCAUUUUGCUCUUUUUCAAGCUUUAAAAAAGGCUCUCUAUAAGCCAGCAGCCUUCAACAAGGGGAUAUUGUUUCCACUUUGUGAGUCAGGGACUUGCAAUCUUAGGGAGGCUGUCAUUGUUGGAAGCAUUAUUCAGAAAGUCUCUAUUCCCCCGCUUCAUUCUAGUGUGGCACUCAUGAAGCUCGCGGGAAUGGAGUACUGUGGGACCACAAGUUACUUCAUAAAGCUUAUUCUCGAUAAGAAGUACGCCCUGCCUUACCGUGUUCUCGAUGCCGUUGUUGCUCACUUUAUGAGAUUUCUUGAAGAUUCAAGGGUUAUGCCUGUAAUAUGGCACCAGUCUCUUCUAUCAUUUGUCCAGAGGUACAAGAAUGAACUAACGAAAGAGGAUAAAGAGAACUUUGAGCGUCUAGUUCGGCACCAGAAACACUACAUGGUUACAGAAGAAAUCAGGAGGGAGCUAAAGAACAGUCGAAACCGUGGUGAAAAGGAAGAUCCCAUGUCUAUCUCAUCUUCUGUUGUAAAGCCGAUUGAAGAAGAUCGGUUUAACUAUCCGGAAGUUCCAAUGGAAGAGGAAUGAGUACCCUGGCGAUCAGUAAAUCUGCAUAGGGAAGUACCAGUCCAGAUGUGCUUGAUAAAAUUUCUGUAUCCGGUCACUUGAUAAUACAAGGCAUAAUGUGGAAUACUUCGAUAUUUGAAGUAUCUUUCGUAGUUAUAUGAGGUUUUUAGUUGAGUCCGAAGACCAAUCUUAUGAUUUUCUGUUAUUAAGGUAUAACUCAAUCUUUAUUUAUCAUUGAGCGAAGUGUGUUCUUUAUUUAUUUUUGAUAGAAAUGUUAUUUAUUUCUAAUUUUUGAAACAAUGUGUGGGGUAAGGCAAUACAUAUACUGACUGAGCCCUCGGGUAAAUCUGUGCCAGAGGUCUCGAGUUAUUGUAAGAUGGAUCACUUGCUUUAGACAGUUUUCUCAUUUAAGUAAUCUUGUAUGCUGUAGAACAUGAGAUUACUGUGUAUAUAUAUAAUCUCUGAUAAACUGGGGAUUUAAUUUUUC